AUGUGGCUGCUGCUGAGUGGCCCGUUUAAACGGCUUGAACUGCCCGUUCUAGCUCCACGUUAUAUCGUCUGGGAGUACUUCAACGACGAGCUCGAGAUCGGUGACGAUAUUCUCAGCUACAUCAGAUUGCUUGAUCUCGAGGAAUUCGAGGAUACGAAGGCAUAUGCUUACCGGUAUUUGACUCUAGAGCUCUUCAGCACAGUCGCCAAGCACAAAAAUGGGAAGUACCUCACGGCUCGACUUAAGGGCACGGAAUAUAAAAUCACCGGCAAGGUGUUGCGCGACAUCUACAACUUCGAUCCCUCCAUCGAGUCACGCCAUAGCCCCAUGGGAUUCAACGUUGAUCCGCACUGGGCGGUCAUCUCCCCCUGUGAGACAUACAAGAAAUCGGGGCUGUCUUCGGGUUUAAUCAGCGACUUAGCUAGUACAUAUCUCAGAUGA